AAGUCUAUGAUAGGCCAAAAUUUGCGUAAUUUGCACACGUCCAGCGUUUUGAUCCGAUUCGGCGACUGACUCUAGGGAUUCCAUCCUUUAUCAAUCAUGGCGGACACCCCUGCGGAACGGGGCGUCGAUGGUAUACGCGGGCGCUACAAGAAGACAGACGCGGCCGCAGACAUGGAGAGCGGUGCCGGCAGCAGCCCCAGUGUGAGCAGCACCUUCUCUAGCUCCACCACAGUCGCAGAUGACGACGACUUCUCGGUGCCAUCGACCCUGGAAAAGGAGAAGAAGGCGUCAACUGGUACAGUCGCGCGCUCUAACGUACAGGCCGUGAUCCACUGGUGGAAGUCCAUGCGACUACAGUUCGGCGACGGCCUGUUGCUACAGAUCUUCUUUGUGUACUUCACCCAGGGUAUCCGCAGCACGCUCUGCUCCCUGGGCACCAGCUACUACUUGAACGAGACGUUGGCAUUGCACCCAGCACAGUCCGAGUCGCUGCGUGCCACCGCCGCCAUCCCAUGGAUCAUCAAACCGCUGUAUGGAAUGCUGUCCGACAGCGUCCCCAUCUGGGGCACGCGCCGUAAGUCCUACCUGCUCAUCUUCAGCGCCAUCUCGGCCGCCGCCUACUUCGUGCUCUCCAUGCCGGGCCUCAUCACGACCUACGAGAGUGCUUUGGUGGCGCUUGUGGUCGCCAGUCUCGGUAUCGCCUUCUGCGAUGUGGUUAUCGAUGGAAAAGUCGUAGAAGCUGCACGCAGCGAGCGCGAGGACAUGGCUGGCAACCUGCAGACGCUGUCGUGGAUCUCGCUGUCGGUAGGGUCUGUGAUGGGAUCGAUGGUGUCGGGUUAUGCACUCAACACAUUCGGCCCACUAGGCGUGUUCUUCAUCUCCGCAGUGGGUCCACUGUGCGUAGUGUUGAUCUCCAUCAAGAUCCCAGAGGAGAAAUAUGUGCCGCAAGGAGACAUCGGCUUCUUCCAAACUGUGCAAGAUCAAUGCCGCGCUCUAGCGUCGGUGGUAGUAGACCCCAUCUGCUGGCGUCCCAUGUUGUGGAUCUUCCUGUCUAACGCGCUACCACCAAGUGUGGGCGAGGCCAUGUUCAGCUUCAAGACGGCCGAGUUGGGCUUCUCCAAGUCCUUCCUGGGCUUCAUCUCCACGGUCGGCAGCUUCACUCUAUUGGGCACCACUGCGCUCUACAAUGCCUACUUCCGUGAUAUGCCCUUCCGUCGCAUGUUCUUUCGCAUUCAACUGGCCUCAGCCUGCGUUUCAUUCGCCGAGUUUGUGCUAGUGUCGCGUCUGAAUGUACCCUUUGGUAUUAGCGACCAGUUCUUCAUCUUUGGAGACGAGAUCCUCUCGGACGUCGUGGCUCGCCUCAAGCACAUGCCGUCGCUCGUGCUCUGUGCCAAGAUCUGCCCUCCAGGCAUUGAAGGCACCAUGUUCGCGCUGCUCAUGUCCAUCUACAAUUUCUCGUGGUCUGUGGCCUCAUACGGCGGCUCCUGGCUGUGCAAUUACCUACAGAUCUCCAAGACCAACUUCACGGGUCUCGCUGCUGCCGUCAUUAUUCGCAGCGUGGCCAAGGUUGUGCCGCUUUUUCUACUGUUUAUGGUGCCAGCGACUACUUCCAUCAGCAGCUCGUCGCUGGCGUCCAAAGCCAAGUCAAAGGCGGCGCAAGGCAGGAAACAAUGCGAGAGCAGCGACAAUGACGGAGCUGCCAUCGACCUCAAGGUGCAGGCGUAAGAGAAACAGUAGCUAGAUACAUGUAAAUGCGUGUGCUAAUUCCAAUGCAGCAGUAUGUUGAGCCCCUGGAUCUUGGCGAUAGUGGUGCUUGCAGCGCGAGAAAGCUUUGCUGCAAAACUAGCGGAAUGUGUACCGUCAGCAUUGUCGCAUGAUAAUCAAGCCGUCGCAUAGUGUGGGUUAAUUUUACUCUUCAUUCUAUCUCUCACA